AUGACCACCGUUCCGCCGUCGAAUGCACAGGGUACUCGCGCCAACAAGCUCGUCGCGCUCCCUAGCCUGUCAUGUGCACUCUCCUCUUUGCCUCAAGCGACAAGCCUGGCUAGUGUCUCUCUGCAUCCGAGUAUGUACACACAGCAUGCGGCGGAAAGUGAAGCCAAGCUCAAAAAGGUCCUCUCCAAGACCGCUGCGUCCCAACCGCAAACCCCACCCCCGCCGGCCGUACCUGCUUACAUGAACCCACCUCAAUACCACCAGAACUCGCCCAACUCCUCGCCUCCACUAAUGAUGCGCAAGUCGAAUUUCCUGUUCUCGUUCUCGACUGCAUUCGGCUCCGCAUUCUUCGGCUUUGUUCCCAACUGUGUCGCCGGUUCCUCUUCCUCCCUUUCUGCUGGGGAUCACUCUAGCCUUUUUCCAUUUUCAACGUCCUGUUCGCCUUUCGACCAUCCUCCGGCGCCAUACAACCGGCCGCCUUACACCCUACAUUCUUCCCCAGCAAUACUCUCACAGCAUCGCAUCGCAUAG